AUGGAUUAUAGAAAGGAGGGAAAAAGGAUUUAUAAUUUUGUCAAUGAAGUGAAAAGGGAGGAGAGUGGUGUGAGAAGAGAACCUAUGAAAGUGGGCUCAAAAAUACUGACGGAUGACAUGAACAUUGCCUAUGCUUUUAACUCCCUUUAUUGCAAAAGACAACGCUUGAGAAGCGAUCUAAAGAAGAGUCAGAAGACCCUUAGGAAAACAAUCAUCAGGGAAUUUUCUUCAUGCCCUCAGAGACAUUUAGUUUUUAAUAGAUAUUUCACUAUUUCAGAAUUACGGGGAGCUAUCGGACAAAUGAAAGGCAAAAAAAGUUCAGGUCCAGACAAUAUCCACCCCGAGUUUUUAAAGAAUAUUGGUGUAAACACCCUGGAUGUACUCCUUAAGCUCUAUAAUAAGAGUUGGAACUCGACUGUUCCUGUUGUCUGGAAAAAGGUCAUCUUGACUCCAAUUGUCAAGGAAAACACACCAAAGCAGGAGUUAGACCAAUUGCUUUGA